CUGGCGCUCAGUCUGUUCGCUCGCAGGAGGAAUCAGCAGCAGCAGGACAAUGGACUGUCUCCGCCACGGAUCCUAACGGGCACCGGGCUGUCUCCGACACACUGGAAUAUAAGGAGGUGAAUGUCAAACAGCUCCAGGAUGCUGCUGCCCUUAUCUCUGCUAACCUGCUGUUCACCAGGAGGCAUCUGAUUUACCAAACAUGAUGAAGACUGAGCCCCCAUCGGCCACGGGGGGCAACGGGACCUCCGGUGGCAGCAGUGGGGGAAGCGGGAGCUCGAACCUACGGAGUCCAUCGCCCCACCGCAACGCCUAUGAGGCCGGGCUAGCUGCGCUCAAGAAGGCCACCGACCACCUCAAUAAUGCAGCCAACGGAGCCUCUGGCCCCCCCUCAAAGCCCGCUCCUCUGCCACGCCCAACUGGGAGGGGCCGGAAAUAUGGAUCGAAUGUUCACAGAAUCAAGAACAUGUUCAUGCAGAUGCAGUCUCCUGGAGAUGAGGAGGAUGGAGCCAAAAUGAUUGCUUUCCUGUCAUUGUCAGGUAAAGAGCAGGCAGUGAAACUGUCCCUGCCGAGGGCAUCCAGCCUCAACGAGAACGUCGACCACAGCGCCCUGCUCAAACUUGGGGCCACAGUCUCAGAGAGGGUCAACCGCUUUGACUCUAAGCCAAGCGCGGAGGGUGGAGGCUCCUCUGUGGGCUUCUCUAAGCUCCAGGAGACCAGGAGGAUUUUUGAACAGCGGACUCUACAGGAGAAGCAAGCUGCCACCAACCGGAUCUUGCUGAAGAAGGAGCGGGCGUCAGGCUUCCAGGACAGCCGUCUAGAUGUUGUGGCUCGCUUUAACGGCUCCACCGAGGCUUUGGACCGGCUGGACGACCCCCCUGUUUCCGCUCCCACUCCCGCUACUAUUCCCGCUGUCGCAGCUUCAGUGGGGCCCGGUGACGCCGUCAGCCCAACAGUGAGCCAGCUCAGUGCCGCGUUCGAGAAGGGCGAACUGCAAAACAAUCUCUACCUCCCCCAGCGUCGGUCAGGACCUGCCCUAGCACCAAAGCCCAAACCCCCAGCCAGAGCGGAGCCUACCGGAAAGGCGAAGAUGUUACCUACAGAUAAGGAGGACUGCAAGGAGGUGCCAGCUGGAGCUGUGAGCACCCAGGCAGCAGAGCUAGCAGAAGCGACAGAUAGGAGCAUAGAAGGAGUGAUGGCCAGCGAGGAGAAGGAAGGGUUCGGACAGUCAGGAGACCAGCUCUCCAACUCAUCCUACUCCUCAUCGUCCUCAGUGGCUGUCACUUCUUCCUCUUCCUCUUCCUCUUCGGAGGUCAAACCGGAGUUGGAGGCCCAGGCCACAGCGACUGAAGCCAGGGGCUCAAGCACAGUGGCUGCCUCAGAGCGGGAGCCACAGGUGGAUGAGCAGGACUGCUCCACCGGGGGGUCUGAGGCCGGAGCCAGGCUGGUGCAGGCCGAGGUUCAUGCCUCGCUGGAAAAUGGAGAAAAACAGCCUUCAAGUUCCUCCCCCUCCUCAGAGGACAAAGGAGCAGACUCUGAGAGGAGGAGGAGCAAGGAAGAGGAGGAGGAGGAGAACGACGAGGAUGGCUCAAGGAAGGACGAUUACUCAGAGGGGGAUCUGGUAGAUAUCAGUGCGUACAGCGGGCUUGGGGAGGAGGACUCUGGGGGCAGCCAGCUAGACGAUGAGGAGGAUGAGGAAGAUGAGGAGGUGUAUCAGCCGGAGACCAGCUGCUCCGAGAUCCCGGGCCUCCCUGAGGAAGAAGAGCCCCCGCCCUCCAAUAGGAAAAUUCGAUUUAGCAGUGGGCCAAUCAAGGUUUUCACCACCUACUCUAACGAAGACUACGAUCGGCGUAAUGAUGACGUUGACCCCAUGGCAGCCUCAGCCGAGUACGAGCUGGAGAAAAGAGUCGAGAAGCUGGACCUAUUUCCUGUGGAGCUGGAGAAAGACAGUGAUGGUUUGGGUAUCAGUAUCAUAGGUAUGGGUGCAGGAGCUGAUAUGGGUCUGGAGAAACUGGGGAUCUUUGUUAAGACGGUCACCGAGGGCGGAGCUGCGCAGCGAGACGGCAGGAUCCAGGUAAAUGAUCUGAUAGUGGAGGUCGAUGGGACCAGCCUGGUCGGCGUCACUCAGAGCCUUGCUGCCUCUGUUCUGCGCAACACCACUGGCACCGUCAGGUUUGUGAUUGGUCGGGAGAAGCCGGGGGAGCAGAGUGAAGUGGCUCAGCUGAUCCAGCAGACCCUGGAACAGGAGAGAUGGCAGCGAGAGAUGAUGGAGCAGAGAUACAAACAGUACAUGGAAGAAGAUGAAGAGACAGGUGAAUAUGCAACAGACGAGGAGGAGGAGAUGAGUCCAGUCUUUCCAAACUCCAUUGAGGUUUUCGACCUGGCCGAGAACCAGGACAUGUCCCCCAUAGAGCUCGACCCGGAGAAGCUGGCCCACAAAUUCAAGGAGCUCCAGAUUAAACAUGCAGUUACCCAGGCGGAGAUCCAGCUGCUGAAGAGGAAGCUGGCUCAUGCGGAGCAGGAUAAGUUGCGUUGGCGGAUGGAGCGCGCACAGUUGGAGCAAAACAUCCGGGACAGUAAAGAGAGGAUGGAGAAACUGGAGGGCUACUGGAUGGAGGCACAGUCCCUGUGUAAGGCAGUGGAUGAACACCUGAAGGAAACCCAGGCCCAGUACCAAACCCUAGAGAGGAAAUACAGCAAAGCCAAGAGACUUAUUAAAGAGUACCAGCAGAAGGAGAUCGAGUACCUGAAGAAGGAGACGGCUCAGCGUCGAGCACAGGAAGAGAGUGAUGCAACACACAAAGAAGAGGCGGACAACCUGCAGGAGAAGAUUACAGACCUGGAGACCAAAGUGGAUGCCCUGAAGACCCCCAAACCAUCCUAGACUGCUGCUACUUCCUACCUCCUGUCUGUGACUGGAAGAGGAGGAGCCUUCAUUCUGACCCGGGCUGUAUUUUAAUCCAAUCAACCAUUUACUGCACGGACAGGUAGUGGGGGGAAAAAAGAUUAACAAGGAUGAGAGGACGAGGAGGGCAACAUACAAAGAGGACAAAAGCAACUUCUCAUCUGACAUCUUGCGGCGGCUUAGAGCUCUGUCAGUCACUAACCACUCCCAGAAUGCUCCUUCUAUAAUACCCAGAAUCCUCCUUGUGUGUCUUCCUGGCGACCGGCUUGGUAAUCAACAUGGAAACCCCAUUCAACGACCUGUACUUUAUUUAUGGAUGAUCUGUUUUGGUUCCUCCUCUCUUCAGUAACAGUGUGUUACCCAGAUUCUGUUAUUGAUUCAGAUUUAUUUUAAAAAAGCGCUUUUAUUAAACAGGCUUGUCACGAAGUGCUUUAUAGAGUGGCAGAGGGCAUAAAUGCAGAAUAAAACAGAACAAAGACGAAAGGACCGAGGUCAUUUGAUUGUUGUUAAUCUGCUUUUGAACUAGGUGGUUGCUAAACCAUUCCUUUUUUUUUUGUUUGGGACUGGACUGGAUUGUGAUGAAGAGGUCACACGUGUUUUCUGUGGCGUGGCAGUGAUCACCUCAUUUUUCACCUCAAGACUCGACACAAAUUUUGAAGCGGAACCUUGGUAGUAACACGCAACAAAGACUAACUUUGAAAAGGCCACUUGCUGACAGUUAAGUAAUAAAAUGAUGUUAGACAAAUUUCUGAUCAGCGACAUAAACUGUGAAAUAACAGAACGCCCCUCCCCCCAGCCUUUUCUAGCCUAACUCUCUGCAAGCGAUGGAAGGAAUCGGGCAGAAGCCUGCAUUUCAGACCUGAGCUGUGGUGGCAUACUGUUUGUAUAUAUUCUACACAUGUAUUUAAAAGUGUUUAAAUGGCUUAAGCAAUUAAGUGGGUCUGAUAUCCAAGAGUAGGACAGUGCAAGGAGUGAAUGACGUUGUCUUGCUGUGGAGGGCGAAAUGGUUCUGUAGUCCGGAUUCAGUCUGUUUCAUCUCUUUUCUAUCAACAUCAAUGGCAAACAGGGUGUGAAUAGUCUAAUAUGUGCUUUAGUCUAAUGGUGUAUGUUGGUGUUUAAUACAGUAUCUGUGGGUUUACAUGCACACCAACAUCCUGUUCUUCAGGAUAGUCAUGUGCUACAUUCCUGAGUUGGUGCAGGGUUUUCAGAAAUCUACUCUUAUCCAGGGUCACAAAAAAACGGAAUAUGCUAAUUUGAACAUACUUCUGUUCUGAGGCUAUUUUGUGUACAGCUUCCACUCACACUCACUGCAUAGUUUCACGAGCUUAGUCUACAUGGUAAACUGAGAAUAUUCAGUUAAUUCCUUUCUUCAGAAACCGCCACGGUUCUUUAAACAUUUCUUGGAGGCAGAACUGCUCUAGAAAUAAUCUCAAUUAGUUAAAGUAAACACGCUGUAAGUGGGUGUCAAAACUUCACUGACUGACUGAUACUGGAUUUUUGAGUCAGAUAUUGAUAUUUUUAUUAUAAGUUUUAUUACAAAAUGCAAACUAAAAUAUGUAUUUCUAUUAAGGAAACAUUUAAUUUGGUUAUCAUAGAACUGAAGAGCUGUAAUGGUAGCACUGUUUCCAAAUAACAAACAUAUUUCUAGCAUUUCUGAACUAUUUCCUCUUAUCAGCUAAAAUCAACUGAUGAUAUCGGCUUCUGCUGGGAGCAAAGAAAGGCCAUAAUAAUUUGACUUUUUGAUUUAAGCAUACCUAAUAGUGUGUUAAUCAACUGCUACUGCAUACUUAAUGUUGUCAUUUAACUAAGUCCAGUCGCUUAUUUCGUUCUUGAGUCAUGUGACUGACAGGCCAUAACCUGAUAGGCCAGCUAGAUCUGAUUGAUUCCUUCAGGUUUGACUGAUGAUCCUCAGCGGCUCGGAUGUCCAAGUUUGAAUUUUUCAUCUUGAAUUUUGGUGUCUGAAUGCAACCGAUAUCUUUAAAUCAACCUGAUUUAUUAUUAUUCUUUUAUUUUUUUCCCUAGUUGAAGUUAAAGAUAAAAACUUGACUGAACUAAAUUUGAGUAGAAUUUUGUGAAUAUUGAAAGCCUUUGAAAAAACCUUAAAUCAAGUUUUUGAAAUUGUACUCUCCUUUUGUACAUUUCAAAGGGAAUUUAAACCACAUAGAGUCAGAAAGAUGGUUUUCAAAAUAAUAUACUUCAGUGGUAUGUAAAUGUAGAAAGUAGGUAUUCACUAGUGGUUAAAUUUAAAAACAAGCUAUUCUGUUGCUUAUAAAAUCCAAAUUACUAUUGCCUUUCUUUGCUUCCAUAUUGGCCUGCCAGUAUAUCAGGCUCUACUAGCUAGUGACGUAGGUUUGCUAGUUAGCCUUUCUGAAUGUUUAAGUCUUGUUGUUCUGUAUAUGCUAAUUUAGCCUACUGACAUCCUAAAAGCGUAAAAUAUAAUCAUCACGAAUGAAAAAAGUAAGUCCUUGCCAAUUUAAAAAAAAAUUGAUAUCAGUAUUU